AUGGCGGAUAGGGGGCUAAUCGCGGACCAACCGACUUUGUGCCCCUCGAGAGACGCGGGUGGACCAGGGAAUGGACUCCUUGUUUCUGCUGAGCCAGGAGCAAUCAAUAAUAGAAAAGUGUCUCCUGAUUCCGGAGGAAAGCCUGGUACGGUAGCGCCAGGAAGGACGGGGUUGCGGGAGUCAUAUAGGCUACCGAAACGGAAAAGGACUAGGAUGACUAUCUAUACUUAUAACGCACGUACGCUUGCAUCAGAAGCGGUCAUCAAAGAUCUGAUACAAGCCAGAAAGAUCAAGUACGACGUCAUCAGACUGAUCGAGACGAGACGACGACACCCUCUCAACGCCGUAUAUAAAACUGGAGAACACCUGUUUUUAGGAACAUGCGACAGUAGAGAUGCUGAUGGAGUUGGCGUCCUCGUCAACACGAGUAUGGCAAAGAACGUCGACUCUUUCGAACAACUUACGCCGGACGGACGUCUGCGUAUGAGAAGAUGUGGCCCAACACCAGCUUUGACUAUCUUCGUCGCUUACGCUCCAACAUCAAGCUACGAAGAAGAAGUCGAAGCUUUCUAUACGGACUUGGAGAAGUUCUACCGAAGAGAUCAUGCCUUCUACAAGGUCAUAAUUGGCGAUUUCAACGCCAAAGUUGGCCCAAGAAGAACGCCGGAGGAAUUUCACAUCGGGGCCCACGGCCUACAAUGGAAUGACCAGGGGGAGAGGCUCUCCGAGUUCAUCAUGACGACUAAGACCAUCCAUGGGAACUCGCAAUUCCAGAAGCCCUCCUCUCUACGCUGGAUGUGGAAGUCACCCGCUGAAUUGUACCGUAAUGAAAUAGACCACAUCAUCGUGCACCUCUCUGCAAAGCUCGCAAGGCUUUGCAGAGAGGUGAUAAAGGAAGACCUUAAAAAGAGAAGAGCAGAAGUGCUGGCUGAAGCUGCAGAGGCGGAUAAAAGCAUCCGCUAUGUCCAUCGAGACUUCUCCAAUCGCAAGGCGAGGAUGACUGCUCUCCAUAAUCCGAAGGGAACCACCAUUGCAUCGAGAAGGGCAUGGAAAAAAUCAUCUUCGACAUCUACUCUGAUCUCUUCGACAGCCAUGUCCACUUCCCUCCUCACCAUCAGAAGGAAGACGGACAUUUUAUUCCAGAGGUCCUCCCCUCCGAAGUACGACAGGCUAUCAUUUGGGUUUCUUUUGGGAAUGCAGUGGAAGACCACCAAAACCGUGUUGUUGUAUAAAAACGGAGAUCUACAUGACAUCGACAACUAUCGCCCAAUCUGCUUACUGUCCGUUAUGUACAAGCUCUUUACAAGAGUGAUCCUUAAUGGGAUUGAAAAAGUCUUGGAUGAAGGACAGCCAUGCGAGCAAGCAGGGUUUCGAAAAGGAUUCAGCACGAUUGACCACAUUCACACUGUUUCGAAACUCAUCGAGGUAUCAGGAGAGUACAAGGUGCCGCUCUGUCUCACCUUCAUCGACUUAAAGAAGGCCUUCGACUCAGUUGAGACGGAAGCGGUCGUGGAAGCCUUGGACAACCAAGGCGUCCCUACUCAGUACAUAACGGUAUUUGAGGUAAGAGAGUUGUACAGUAACUUCACAACCGGAAUUUCACAAUUCUACAAGAAUAUCAUCAUUGACGUGAAGAAAGGGAUCCGACAGGGUUAUACAAUCUCACCCAAAAUAUUCACAGCCACCCUCGAGAACGCAAUGCGAAAGUUGGAAUGGGACGACAUGGGAGUGAAAAACGACGGUCGGCAGCUAAACCAUUUGUGCUUCGCUGAUGACAUCGUACUGAUAACACCUAGCAUCAGCCAUGCGGAACCAAUGCUUACCGAAGUCGACGAAACAUGUGGAUGCAUCGGUCUUCAGCUGAAUCUGCAAAAGACGAUGUUCAUGCGCAACGGAUGGGUCUCGGAUGCCCCAAUCACGCUCACCGGAACGAACAUAUCCGAAUGCACCAGCUACAUUUAUUUGGGUCGGGAAUUGAACAUGAUGAACGACUUGACCCUCGAGCUGGGCAGGAGGAAACGAGCGGCUUGGGAAGCGUACAAGCGCAUCGAAGAUGUAGUGAAGACCAGGAACCCCAGACUCCGUGCUCACCUCUUCAACGCCACCGUACUUCCUGCCUUGACCUGUGCUUCGGAACCCUGA